AUGGGUCCUGCGCCCAAGUUUACUAUCCCUCAAGAAUUUGAGGAUCGUCUGCGCUAUGUGGAACCUGUUGAUCAGCGCUCUGAUGAGGACAUCCUGGCCUCGUUAGAGGAGUACAAGCCUGUCACAUCCGAAAAGAAUAUCUGGGCCUUCUGGGACAAGGGCAUUCGCUCGAUGCCAAGCUGGUGCCAGCGUAACAUCGUCAGUUGGGUCCGACUCUGCGGACCAUCGUGGACAGUCCGCAUCCUCGACGCCGUACCGGACUCGCCGACCACUGCCCUCAAAUAUGUCUCGGCCGACCUUCUUCCCCAAUCAUUCGUUACUGGCACGAUGACGGGAAUAUAUACUGGCCCUCAUAGUUCUGACUUCCUCCGAGGAGCAUGCUUAUAUUCUCAUGGGGGAGUCUACAUGGAUACUGGAAACAUCUUGAUUCGUGACAUUGACAGGAUUUGCUGGAACCAGCUGGCAGACCCCAAUUCACCUUUUGAGGUCUGUGCUCCAAUCAUGUAUGGAACGACCAUGGCAAACCAUUUCGUUGCGAGUCGUAAGGGCGAUCCCUUUAUCAAAUGCUGGCACGACCUGUUCGUGUAUUUGUGGAAGGAUCGCCAGAAUCACGAAGGCUUGAUUAAUCAUCCCUUGGUCUCCUUCGCCUUGAGCCACACGUUCGAGGCAGCAGAACAGGCAAAUUUCGGUUGGGAUUUCAAGGUGCAGCCGCAAACGGUGAUGGAGUACAUCAGCCAGGUCCUGUCCUGGCAGAGACUUUGCAUGCUGGAGAAUGCCAGAGAUGGCUUCAACGCGACCGAAUACUGGUUGAACAAGGUCCUUAUCUUCGACGCGCUGCAGGAAGACUGGGGCGCGGAGGCGACGAUUGGGUUUGGCGGUCAGGUUUUGUUCAAUGCUCUGGCCACAAGACUGGACGCCCCGAAAGACUCCGAGGAAUACAAGACGGCAUACAAGCUGGUCUGGCGUCUUCUGACAGAGUCGAGUUUGCAAAAGAUCACCCACGGAAAGAAUCUGACCAAGACGCCCGCGGCAGGUGUUCUCUGGGAAGAGCCAGGCAACGAAGACAAAGACCACGAACCAGGUACCUUUGCCGAGCUCUUCCGGUAUGGCACCGUCCACUUCCAACAGACGAGAGAGAGCAUCCGGUAUCUAAAAGCUGAGAAGCCACCAGUGACGUCGAACAAGGGACUUCUCGAGCCUUAG